GCUACUAGAUCAAGACCUGAUAUUAAUGGUAAUAAAGGUUAUCCACUUAUUGGUAAUCUUAUAUCAGUUCUCAAUAAUGAUGUAGUUCUUCUUAUGCAUUGUACUUUGAUGGAAUAUGGUCCUGUUUCGACAUAUACAAUUCCCGUAUUAGGAAGACAAAUUACGGUUAACAGCCCCGAAUUAUUAGAACACGUAAUGAAAACAAAAUUUGAUAAUUAUGUUAAAGGAACAAUAUUUUCCAAAAUAGUUUAUGAUGUAUUAGGUGAUGGUAUUUUCAAUGCUGACGGAGAAAUGUGGAAAUUUCAAAGAAGAUUAGCAAGUCAUUUAUUUCGUGGACAAAAUUUUCGUGAUGUUAUCUGUGUAGUAUUUGAAGAAGAAACAAAAAUUUUACUUAAUAUUUUACAAGAAGCUGCAAAAAAGGGUGACGUAAUCGAUCUACAGGAUAUAUUUUUUAGAUUCACUCUAGAUUCGUUCGGAAAGAUAACAUUUGAAACUGAUUUUGGUUCUUUAACAAAUCCUAAUGAACCAGUACAAUUUGCUGAAGCAUUUGAUUUCGUUCAAACUAUGAUUGAUAAAAGAUUUAUAAAUCCCAUAUGGCCAAUUACUGAAUUACUUACAAAAGAUGGUGCUAAAAUGCGUUCUUCUUGUAAAUAUUUAUCAAAUUAUGCUUAUAAUAUCGUUAAGAAAAGAAGAGAUAAUGAAGGAUCAUUAAAAAAUAAUGAUAUUUUAAGUAUGUUUAUGAAUGCUGAAAUUAAUGAUGAAAAUGGAAAUAUGAGAAAAUUAAGUGAUAAAGAAUUAAGAGAUAUUGUCUUGAAUUUACUUAUUGCUGGACGUGACACUACUGCGCAGGCAAUUUCAUGGAUGAUGUAUAAUAUUAUGGUACAUCCAGAUGUUGAAGAGAAAUUAAUAAAGGAAGCAAAUUCAUCCGAAAAUCUAAUCCCAAGUUACGAUGAGAUUAAAAAAUUCAAAUAUGCACAUGCUGUAUUCCAUGAAACGUUGAGAUUACAUCCUUCAGUUCCAAAGAAUAAUAAGUUGUGUAUAAAGGAUGAUGUAUUACCUAAUGGAAUACCUAUUCAUGCUGGAGAAUGGGUUUCUUGGUCUAGUUGGGCUAUGGGAAGAGAUGAAAGAAUUUGGGGAAAAGAUGCGCAAAAAUUUAUUCCAGACCGAUUUUUGGAAAAUGAGAGGCCAAAUCAGUAUAAAUUUAACAGCUUUAAUUGUGGCCCAAGAAUAUGUCUCGGACAAAAUUUUGCUACGGUUGAAGCGUUAACAGUUGCAACGACGAUAUUAAAACAAUUCAAAUUUGAAUUAUUGCCUGGUCAAAAAUCACCACCUGAUUUUGCACAAUCAAUAACGUUACGAAUGAAAAAUCCUUUAUUGGUUAAAGUUCAUUUUCGACAAUAA